GCUUAACUCGUCACCGUUUUAUUUUGAAGUGUGUUUUCAGUCGUCAAUGGUAACGGCUCAUGGAAGUAUUCGGCACUUUCGAUACACCGUCACCAGUCAGAAGCGCGAAAAGUUUUGGGAACCAUUUUGACCUAACUACAUGGAGUUUCUGGUUAAACGUUGAAGGAUAGAAUCUGGCUGUUAUUCAAGGCAAACUCCCUGAGGAUAUCCAAUCAUUAGACUGUGUGCUGUUUGAUUAACCAACUCAACUGGAGAAUAAUAUUGAUUUAGAUAUACACGCACCGGCGACACACAUUUCUUCUUCGACGUUUUAUCUUGACUUAGUGUGUUAUGUUAUUAAAUCAAGUCUAGAUCGAGAAAGGCUGUUAAUUAGGAACCUGUGGCUGUGGUAACAGCUUACCACUACAUAAUUAACUUUUUUUUAGGCAAGACUAAGGUAAAUGAUGUAAUGUAAAUUGUCCUGCGAUGAUCUGGCUGGUAUGAUGAUGAUGUAAGCCUAUUACUUAUUCCUACCGUGGUAUCAUCUCAAGUCUGAUGAUCAUGAAUAAGAACUCUCCAUCUCUAACCAAAGGACGGGUUUCAGUCAUGGUCACAACAUUAACAUUCCAGAAUUCAGUGAUAACGUGAAAUGCUUUGACUCCUUCAUCUAGAGCCAGCCUUCUUUGGCUGAAUGAAGAUGAGCUUUUUGUGCAAAAUGAAACCAUUUCAUAGAGCAGCACCUGGACGGAAACCAAAGAAAGUCUGCCAUAUUUUGCACAAUCUCAGUUCGGAGUCUUCUCAGUAAGAUGUCGCCAACACCAGCACCUUUCAUGUCCAACUUACCACCUGGUUUGAUGGUGUGCUUCGGUCCACUCUAGUAGGGCCAAAGUUAACCUUGUCAACUUGGUAAAUUUAGAGCACCUCAACGCAGCACCACCACAAGCAACCGCAGCACCGCCUUUACCAUGCCUUUAGAUGACACACUACAGCAGCUGAGGAGACUGAAGGCUCAGCGAAGUAGGCAAAGAGAGAUCAGAGAUUUUGAAGAGCGCAUUUUGCUUGAUGAUCUGGAAGAAACUAAUCGUCAACUCAAAGGGUCCCCCCGCCCCUUGAACCAGCGCAAAAAGCUUCAACUAUCUAAGGACAAAGCUUUACGAGAUCUACAGAUACAAGUAAGUAAAUGUUUGCUUGUCUUUAUUGUAUGAGACAUUGGAAUAAGUUGAUAAUAUUGAUAAACAAAUUUAGAUUUGCCUAGUACUUUCUUAUAAUUGCUGUCUUUUUUAAUGACUUAUGCAAAUUACAUUAGAUUUUUAUUGUAAAAUUGUGUAAACAAUAACACAAUAGGGUUGUACAUGAACGUUUUAAAAUAUACCAUACAAUUUUAUAGCAACCUUAACUUUGAUUAAAAUUUUUUCUGUUCUACAGUACGAGAGACAGAGAGAGAGUAAACUGUAUGGAGAACCAAAGAAAGAUUACCGCAGACAGCAGGUUUGUUGCUAGCUUGCUGCAUCUCAAGGACAGAAAUAAGUAUUCUGAUCCACAAAGAAGGACACCCAGAUGAACAAGUUCUUACCUUAGUUCUUGCAGACGGCAUCAUUUAAUGAACUACGAAAAUUUGUUUUGAAUUGAUGUGCAACUUUUUAAAAUAAAUUUCAACAAGAUUGAAUGAGAAAUAAACAUUUUAAACAAUAAAUCACUGAUUUAAAAUAUUUCUUUUUUAAGAAAAUAUUUAUUAAAUACAUAUUUGGAAUAAUUUUAAACACUGUUGCUAUUUAAUCCUUGUUAAAGCUGUGAUCUUGUAAAUUUUCUCUGUUGUGUUCGGCUAUAAGGACACCUUAUGCAUUUGAUUCCAUGGCUACCAUUUAGCACACUACAUAUUCGAUGAGCAGUUUAUGAAAAUAACUUUUUUUUUCUCAACAGCCUGAUGUGCCCAGAUACAACCAUCAAACAGACCCAAAGGCCCAGCAGUUAGCAGAGAGCCAUGGCAGGAACAUGGAACAUUUACAGAAUAGGAACAGAGACUUGGAGAGGCAGAGAGAGGGUCAGUGCUGUUUGUGUCCUGUUUGUUUAUAUUGUAGUACAAUUCAAUUUUAUAGUUUCAUGGGGAAUAUAAGGCAUAAUAGGAUACUGUUUUAUAUCUUAUCUGUAUAAGUAGACAUUUAAAAAAAAGGAUGAAAAGACAUGGCCAGCACCUUUUUUCCAAAUUUUAUUAUCAUAAGAGUUUUGUCCAUUUAGUUUAGAAGUUCCUUCUAUGGUUUUAAAUUAAUACUAUUCUUUCCUUGAUUAAUGCAAAGUUUUCCCAUUAAUUUUAGCUUUUGAAUAUGGAUUUUUCUUUCUUUGUUUAAACAGAGAUCAGACGUAGACUUGAAGACCUUGGGCGCAGACCAAUAAAAGAUGAUGAUUCAAUGAAUGCACUACUUCAGGAACUUAAAGAUCAAGAGGCUAGAAAUCAGAAAAUGUUGGAGGAAUUAAGACGUUUGAUGGCAACUCAGUAUAAUUAGUGAGUUACAUAGUGGUCAUGCUAACAAAAUAUCAUUCUUUUAUUACAGUCUAAUUUAAAUUGUUUUCAAUAUGUCAAAUACAAUUUGGGAAACAAAUUUUCAGGUUUAUUAUUCAUGCCACCAUUAGGCUUUGACUUGGCAUUGAAAUAUUCUCAUGAUAUUAAAGAAGAAAUUAAGAAGUUUGAGGAUUUAUAAACAACCAAUCCUAACAGUCAGUUGCAUUUAUCUUGAAACAAUUAUAGUUAUUUAACUUAUUUUUCUUAUCUUAGUCCUGUUCCGGUGGAGGGCAAAAAGCAGCAACAGUAUGUCUACCCAAUUUACUAUGGAAAUUCUCUAGUGGCAGAAAUCAUUGCUGUGAGACAAGCUUACUUACAAAAUGGAGGCAAUGACCCAAGUAUACUGCAGCAGUUGGCACAGAUGCAGGCAGAAGCUCAGGCAAUAGAUGACUCCCUCAGGAACAGACCACCCGGCAAAGUUAAAGGUAAAUUGUUCAAGUGAUGGCAACAGUUAUGUCGUAUAUCCAGACAGCUUAGUUCUUUGAUUGGUUGCAAAUAUGUUUGCUUAAAUUUCAUUGGUUGCCAGUCUCUUAUCAUUAAUUUAAAGGCAAGUUUAGAUGAGUUGUAGAUAUGUUGUUUUACUUUUCAUUGGCUCCUUUAUAACACAUUUAUAUACAAAUGUUUAUGUUGGGAAUAUAGAACAUGUGCAACUUAUUCAGCAAUCCUUAUGAAAGAGUCAAUAACUUUUAGAAUUUAUGUAUAAAAUCCAUGAUGUUACAUAUACAUUUGUGGGGAAAUGCGUGGGGCUUAUAAAAAAUCUUUGUUUCAAACCAUAAUUUCAACAAAAUGAAAAUGUGUAAUAAAUUAUUUUGGUGAUCAGAUGCGAAGGAGAAAAAAAAAUACCUGAAAUUAUUUAAUAACAUCAGUUUAUUCAGACAUAAAAUGCAUUUGUUCAUGUCAUAAGCAUAAUUUAGAACAUUUUAUGAGCAUUUGACCAAGAUAUAAAAUAUUUUAUAAAAUGUUUCAAAAAGGGGAAAUUAUUAUUUUUUUAAAAUUAAAAAUUCAUCACCCCUCCCCAAUUUGUAUUUAAAUUUGUGCAUUUGGGCACCAUUGGAUGUAUUCUAUUGUAAUAGAUGACUAACCUUCUAGUUUUAACAACUUAAAUGGGUUGCAAAAAAGGAUUCUCAUCAAAAUCUUAAUUAAAAUCACUUGAUUCAGGUUCCCAACUAUUUUGCCCAUAAGAUUCAGAUAAAAGUUUAUUGAUAUUUUUAUCGAUAAUAUUCAUUAUUCAAGACUCUGCGCCGCCACACCAACAAGUGUCUAACACAUAUGUGCCCUAAGAUGGCAACUCUCUCUUCGACAUGUUACAUGAAUUUCAAACCUGCAAAAACAUCAAAAUCAUUAAAAAUCUUUUAAUUAAAGUUCCAAUAGUAUAUUGAAAUAAAUACAGAAUACUUUAAAAAAUAGAAAAAUACAUUUUAUGAGCGAAAAUAACCUGCCUAAAUAAAUUUCUGCUCUCUAUAGAAGAGGACUGAAAAGAGUUAACCCCCCUAAAGAAUUAUAAUAGGUUUUGAAAUAUAAAUUAAGUAAAAUUAUUUUUAUAUAUGUAUAUCCUAUAAUGGUUAAGUUUACACUAAAUGCUCUGCCUGUAUGGUUUGUUUCCAUCAUUCAUCUAUCAUGCCUUGGUAUAGGAAGCUGUAUGAAUUAAUGAAUAUUUUGUUGAAAAAUUUAAUUACAGACAAACACCAUCCCGAUCACAGUCUACUAGCCCUUGAAUUGGAAAAUGAGAGGUUACAGAGGCAGCUGCUGCUGCUCCAAGAACAGAAUCUCCAAGCAAGACAUCGUCGCAAGGAUGAUAGAGAAGGUAGGGCUAGAGCCAGAACAAGACAGAGAGCUGGAACCACUGUCAGACAAGUUCAACCUCUGGACAUCAGAUUUCUCAAACCUGUUAGGCCAAACCUUAGUAGGCUAGUCUUAUUGAAAGAGAAACCAGUCACCUAUGUUCAUUCCCUGAAAGAGAGAAUCGAUGUCGAUAUCCAAAAUAAGUACGGGUAUGAUUUGGGCACUACGAGGUAUGUCUUGGAGAGGGCAGAGGUGCCGGUUGAAAAAGAUGUUGAGCGCAAGGGCAAUGUCAGCAUCAUGUCAAUGGUGCCAGAGGGCACUAAUGAUGUUGUUGGUCCUAGACCCCAGCCAAAGGUUUUUCCUGAGACUAUCAUAGAGCAGAAUGAGGAUGUGAUGGAAACUCCAUACUACAAAACCCAUCUCUCUGCCAGAAAACUUAACAUGGUUGAGAAGGAAUUAAGAGAUAGCUAUAGUCGAAUGUCACAGCCGAACGUUAGAGGGGAGGACAUUGACCAUGCAGAUAGAAUCCGCCAGCAAAAUGCAGAACUUGGUCUCGGAAACCCAGAUUUGAAAUUAAAUUUAGAUACCUCUCCCAGGAAUCAAGAUCCUAGCUCCAAAAACCCAACACUGUUUGAAGAUAAUUAUUUUGCCAACACAGCCAGAACUGAAGUUGUAGAUGACGGUUCAUAUUCUAAGAGAGCCCGUCCCCCUCCCCACCCCCGUCCUCAGUUACUGAUCAAUGAAUUACCUCCAAAAUAGAAUACAAAUAUAUUUUGUUCAUGUGAUUAAUUGAUAAAUUUAAUAGAAACCAAAUUCAGUACAUAGAAGUUGGCUUUAAAAGUCUUGAAAUUUUUGCUUCCUUUCUCAAACGAAGCACACUAUUUUUCAUAGCAAAUUUUCAUCAAAUUAAAGAUCUUUUUUUUUUUUUUUAAACAUUCAGUCAGAACUGCCCCAAAUAGGAAAUUGAAGUAUUUUAUGUACAUAAUGUGAAUACAAUCACUAGCUGAUUUUCCUAUAGAGGUGCUACAUUUUACUCCUUAGUUGCUUUGUAGAUCACAAUAAUGAAAUAGGCAUCUAACUUCACCCAUAUAAUAGACGUCUUACAGACGACCACUUUCUGCUUUUGCAGGUAAAUACCAUUCUAAUGGCUCUGGCUGGUGUCCUAUAUGCAAAGAUUAUUUGAAACACCUGCCCUACAUAACAUGAAGUGUUGGGGAUCUGCUCAACCGUGCUAGUGAACAAUUUAAAGGGCUUACCGUUAGUGAACAGGUGUUGCCUUGUUAGCCAUUUUGUUAUAGGCCGAUGUGCUUAGAUCCCUGAUAGCUCCUACUUUAGUUUUGUCCCAUUAAUUAGUUUUUGAGUUCUAGUAAUGAUGCUUAGUUAUUCAUCAUGGGUGUCACUAAAUACACCAGAAAUUCACAAUUAAACUAGAAAGACCAGAAGAAAUUUGGAGGGGUGUUAACACAAUUUUUUUUUGGUAAAAAAAUUGUAGAAUUCCUUUAAUUGCUGAAAAUUUAUCACAUAAUUGUGCAUGCUUAUUAUUCUUUUAGUAAAACUUAAUAAAAAAUUUCAUUAUUUUUGUUACCAAAUUACCAAUAAAUGAAAAUACAAUUAAUUCCCAAACAAAAAUUAAAUAUGAAUCAGACUGGAGGAUAAACCAUGAUUGGCCAGCCAACAUCUUGCACAACACUUGCCAUAAUUGAUACUUUUAGCAGCAAGGCGUCAUGCUAAUAUCUCUGUCUGACAAGAACAUUUUGUGGCUACAGUCUUCAUCAUGUCAACAUUUAUAACACAGAAAGUUGACUUCCAGUUCUUUCUGAAGGUUGUUGGAAGCAAUUUUUACUUGAUCAUCCCAGUUUUAGAUGUAAAGUAGUUUCUAUACAACACAGUUUGCAAAAUGGCAUUUUUAAAAUCCUGUGAAGUUUGAAAUGGAUAAUGUUGCCCAAAUGGCUUUUAGCAUAUUGUUUCAAAAUAAAUACACUUCAAUAAUAAUUAAACAAACCAUUUAUGUUAUUAUGUUAUCAUCUUAAAUGCUGGAUAAAGAUAUUAUUAAGUUUAAAAUGAUAGAUUAAAAAUUGUACUUCUCCAAUUCAGCAAAUAUUUUUAUUUCAAUUAAGUAACCUCUUAUUUUAAAUAUUUUCAUUACUGUUCCAGAUUGAGCCUUGUAUUUUGGGGUAUAUUGUUAUUUGAAUAGUUGGCAUUUUUUUUUUUUUUCUUUGAGCAAAGUGAUACAAUUUGAUGUUGGAACAAUUUUUUUUUAAAUUAUAAGAUUUUUUUCCAUUGAAAUUCUUAGAUAAUUACAUAAAUGCUAUUACUGUUCCAGAUUGAGCCUUGUAUUUUGGGGUAUAUUGUUAUUUGAAUAGUUGGCAUUUUUUUUUUUUUUUCUUUGAGCAAAGUGAUACAAUUUGAUGUUGGAACAAUUUUUUUUUAAAUUAUAAGAUUUUUUUCCAUUGAAAUUCUUAGAUAAUUACAUAAAUGCCAAAGAAUAGCUCCUGCUGGGCAGACAAAUGAGUUUGAUCUAAAUCCAUAUUGUUGUUACUUUUCAUUGUUUUUAAUGCCUGGAAGGAAAGUCAGUGUCUUUAAUUGUAAAUAUCUGUACAGAUCAUAUUUUAAAUAUUAAUAAAAUUGACAUAUGACCCAUGUCAAGUUUGUGUUUGUUAAGUUUGUUUUAGCUGCUUGUAGUGAUCACUUUGCUCAAACUGGCUAGUCAAGUAGAUAGUGUUGUAAUUUUUUAUUUCCAUUUUUAAGAUUAUUGCACACAGUUCAAAAUUUUUGAGAUGAAAAACUGGUCACAGUUUUUAUAAGUUUUUCAAAAAAACUGAAACAAGCCAUUUUGAAAUAGCUACACCAUCAGUUAUAUGGCAAAAAUUAUCAGUUUUUAUAUAUUGAUGUUGUGAUUGAUAGUUGUUGAUAUUGUGUAAAAACAUUGAGAGAAAUUGAUAAAUGAAAUGAUUGCCCAGGAACUAAUAAAAAAGGAAUACAAUGGUUUUUACCAACCCACAGCUCCUUUGGCCAGUUGAAUCUGCUUUGAUUAUGUUUUAUUUUCAUUAUUUACAAAAGAAUUUAUAAUGACUGUUUCUAGACUUAAUUUUGCUGACAAAAAACUUAUGAACUCUUGAGAGAGAGCCCUUAUCUUUUUAAAGAGAACUCUUUGAAACAAAUAUUGAUAUCAUCCUAUUCUUAUGUAUUUGAAUUUAUGUGUGCCAUCUGCACUGCAUUAUUUCAUAGAAUCCUUAACUUGGGUUUAAUUAUUGUUGAGAAUCUCUUUUUUAAUUUUUCAAUAAAAAAGACUUCAACAUUAGAGACUUGAAUAUGAAGAAGGUCUGUGGGACAGGGUAGGAUGUGGGGGUAGUCAAUAAUUUGUGCAGCAUGAGAGCAGAGCCACAAAUUUAUUCUAAACACAGAGGAAUAGAAACCACACCUGGCACAGUGGAUUGAAAGCGACAUAUCAUUCAAAAGUUUAAUUAAUUUUAACAGAUUUCUAGAAAAUUAAUUUUAUUUAAUAUUUGUUGCUGUUGAAAAAUGACAUUGCAUUACCUAAUUUAAUUUUACAGUGAAUACUUUCCUUGAUUGGGGAUCAAAAAAUAUUCUUUUAGUACCAGACAUUAUUAAAUUAUAUUGUUGAAAAAAAAAUUCAUAACAUGGUGCAGCAGUAAAUUUGAAAUUUAUAAAAAAAAAAAUUUAAAAAAAGAAUGCGCAGUACAUUGCUUGACACCAAACAUAACUGCAAACUAUAAACUUUUAGAAAUUAAAAAUACCUUGUUGUGUGUAAGUUACCAUCAUCAUCAAAUCUUGUGCAUUUCUUUGCAGAUGAACUUGAGCGAGAUAUUCGACGCAUGCAACAGGAUCACCUCCGUAAAAUGUAUGACCUGCAACGAGAAAUUGAGAAACUCCGCCAUGAAAGCAUCUAUUUAAAGAUACAUGACAAGCCAUCAAAAAUAAUUGUCCAUCAGCCACCAGCUAUUCAAGUUUCAGCACCUCCACCGCCUAUGGCCCAACCAGUAAGUUUUAUGGGAGAGCUUUAAAUUUAAAUAAGUCAAUUUAAGAAAACAUUUGUUAAAAACCAAAAAUGAUUUCCUUGAAAAAAUAUUUUGCUUGGAUUCUGAAGGAAAAGAAUGUUUAUUUUCUAUGAAACAAAAGUAAAUUUGAAAGAGAAAUGUGUGAACUGUCAUUUGGUUACUUAACAAAGACUUCUUUUAUUUUUUAAAGAUAUUCAUUAAAAUUUUGAUUAUUUAAAUAUGGCUGGAAACUAAUGUUAUGAUCAUAUUUUUAUUUUCAUAGCAAAUAAUUGAGGUGGACAGACUAGCUCCAUAUGACUAUAGGUAAGAUAAAGUAGACAGUGCCUUUCCUUGUGAGAAAAAAGGAGCAGUUCCAAUACUAAUCUAGAUUUUAAAUGACCAACAGCAUAUCAGUUCUGGCAUUCUUUUUAUAACAAAGAAAAAUAAACAUGUAAAACCAGUUUGCCCAGAUGAUCAUAAAUGAUAAAAUGUGAUCUUAAGUUGUGGAAUAUUUUUAAAACAAGGUAUUCUUUGCUAGGCUGCUCCUUUUUUUUAAUCUAAAGGUAUAUAAUAUAAUGAAACGUAACUAAAGUGCUUAACUGAAAUGUAAAUAUUUUUUAUAAUACUCUGUGAUUAAACUUAUUAGUGUUAUUUAAAUUUCAUUGUGGGCCAUGAGUUAAAUUAGAGGAAAAGGAAUUUAGUUUUUUUUUCUGGACUAAUCCGAAUGCUGCAAGUUCCGCGUGUUGCCGUUUCAGCCCCCGUCAACCUUAUGCACACACAUGGGCAAAAACACAUUAUCGGCAAGAUAUGAACUCUGACCCCUACUAUGAACUUCAGCUUUGAUCCAGACAAUUCUUUGUUGCCAGGUAAAAAAAAAUUUAUUCUCAUCAACUAACUUGCUCCUUACAGUCAUUUCUUUUAACUAAAAAAAACGCCACCAUUUAUCUUACCAUAAGGCUGCUAAUCAAACUUAUUUUAUUCUAAAUUUUAAAAAAAAAUGUUAUCUAAAAAUAUAUGAAAUCCUUUAGCAUUGAAAUAUGACACUAUUAUUCAUAGAGUAGUAGAAUUUAUUUUGUAUAGUUAAUUUCUUAUUAUAUAUUUGUUGUCCAUUGCUAAGUUUUAUUCUUUAAUCUGAAAAUCUGUUUGUUGUAUGUGGAUGUUUCCUUUCAGGUAUCAUCACAAGCAGUCAUCUGGAUGGAGCUGCUAAAAAUACUUGCUUCAAGGAAAAGGCAUUUUUCAAUGGAUCUCUUUUUGCAAGAACAGAUUGUCUGCUGUACUAGUCUGUUAGAUAUAAUCUUUGUCUUUAAAUUCAUUUAAAGACUUUUUUUUUAAAUUUGUUACUCUAUUUCUUCUAAUUUUUUAAAAAUAUUUUAAUGAUCAAAUUAUUUUUUUUUACCUGUCACCUUUCCGAGAAUAGAUCUAAUCUUUUUUUUUUUAAAUCCCUUACAAGGAAAUAUGCAAUUUACUGGACAAAUGACUUCAAGUUUUUAUGAAAGAUUGUUGUAACUUCUUGGGAAUACUCUCAAAAGGAGUUAAACAAAGAGCUUUUAAUAAUAAAAUAAAAGUGACUAUCAGUGAUGCUGAUCCUUGGGUCUGUUCAGCUGUUGGUGCAAGUUGUCAAUGCCACUCUAGGAUUAGGAAGUGUUAUUAACAGAAAAUAAUUAAUGAUCUACCAAAUGCUUAUACUAAGUUUUAUGUGCCUCACUGUCCUUAAAUGCAAUAACUGAGAUUGGGAUUAUCUUGCGUAUGCAAGUUGGCAGACUACAGGAGUCCUUUAGUCCCAAUUAUUUUUGUAUAAUUUAAAUUUAAUUAACUUCUAAGAAAAAAAUUGUAGGUAUUUUAAAAAUUAUAUGUAUAUUGCAUUAGUAAUAGAGUUUAUUUUUUAUUUUCAAAGCAUUAUUCUUGUGGAGAAUAUUUCUUAAUCUUAUAAGUCUUCCAAAAUAAAUAAAGUUCAAUAAAUUGAUUUAAAAAUUGAGUAGUUAAAAAACAUUUGUUAUUACCAAAAAAAAAAAUUAAAAAAAAAAAAAUAUAUAUAUAUAUAUAUGAAAAUUAAUUUUUAAAAAGGAUAAAGUUUAGGCUAUAUAAAUUUUGUUUAAUUUAAAAUCUUGUUUGUAAUGGCAGUAUUUUAAAUUGAUUUAAAAAUUGAGUAGUUAAAAAACAUUUGUUAUUACAAAAAAAAAAAAUUAAAAAAAAAAAAAUAUAUAUAUAUAUAUAUGAAAAUUCAUUUUUAAACAGGAUAAAGUUUAGGCUAUAUAAAUUUUGUUUAAUUUAAAAUCUUGUUUGUAAUGGCAGUAUUUCUUUGAAAGUAAUGUAACAUUUUUAAUAAGGGAAAAAUCAAUGUUAAUAUUACAUCAAAAGAGCAUUGAAACAACUGUGAUAAAAACUGUGAUAUUUUACUUGUUCUAUAAUUAAGUGAUAUUUUUACUUGUUCUAUUAUACAAACAAAUGCCAUAGUAAGCAUUGAACUGUCAUUCAAAACAGGAUGUUGCUUGGGAAUAUAAAGAGAGGGUAUAGAGUUUUUUUUUAUUAAUGAACUUUCAUUACGUGUAACAUGCAUUGGAUGCCAUUCCAGCAUUUAAAUUGUUCAGUGUAUCUAUUUUUUAUGUCAGAGAUAUAUUUAUUUAUUUAAAUUUUACGGCAAGUCUAUAAAUUAAAGAAUGUGAACUUUACACUAGCUACACGGAUAUCUGUACAACUGUGUAGGGAUUUUUAAAAAGCUAUGAGCUAAAACCUAAGCCUAUUCAACAUAUAUUCUCUGUGAUAUUUUAUGAGUAGAGUCUUAGCUCCACAAGCUCAUGAACAGAUUGAGUUCCACCAACUUAUUAACAGACAAGAAACUUGUAUUUUUAGAUAUUUGUUUUUCAUUUAUUUUAUUUCUCUUUAUUUUUGUUUUAAGAUUUAAAAAAAAAAAAUUAAAUAUGCUUACAUUCCUAUGAUCAAGCUAAUAAGUUAGCAAUAUUUUAAUUUAUUUUAAUUUACCUAAAAUUUUAGGAAAACACUGUGUAUGACUAAUAAUUGAGAAUUUAACAAACAGAUACAAAGUAAAAUAAAGGACUACAUUAAUUAUCAUAAGACAUAAAUCAGACAGUCAUUCCUAAUUAGGAUCAUUUAGAAGCCAAGAUCUCAUUGAUGGGGCAUUCUUUUAUCCCCCACUUCACAAAAAAAUGAAACAUCUGUGUAUACAUGAUUUUACAUAACUUAUUCUGCAUUGAUUUUAAUAAAUAAUAAUAAUUGUCAAUUUUAAAAAUAAAUAAAGUCUUAAACAGACUUAUCAUACAGAUUCCAAAUGCCUUAUAAUACGGAAAUUGGAAAUAAGCGAGGCAAAGGAUGGGGAAACCUGAAAAAAAGAACCUUCAUCGGAGAACAAAGAACCCUAAAAACAGAAUUAAAUAAAAAAUAACACUAAGCUUAAAUGUAGUAUCCGGGAGGACAGCAGGAGAACAAAAGAGACUUUUAAUUUAACUUUUGUAAACAAUUAGGUAAAAGACCUAGCUUUAAUAUUCUGAUGUAGCAAUGUGCUCUAAACCACAGCACAGCUAGAAAUCUACUUUUACAUGCUCAACUCCUGUAAAAAUGUUAGGUUUCUCUAAUGCAACAUAGAAUAAGGAAUUAACAAAAUUAAAUUUUAAUUACAAUCUGUCAGAUAAUUUUAAAUGUUUAUGGAUCUCAAAAAGAUUAAGCUUUUGUUUUUUUCCUUACUGUUCCUGAAAGGUUACAUAGCUCCUUUCUGCUUCCCUGAUCUAUUAUUGGUACUUAAACUGAAUUGAUUUCUUAUAAACUUGUGUACUGAUAUAAAAUUUUCUGUAACCUUAGACCUAUUUACCAAAAGUAAAUGUUGAAUAGAAAAACAUUUGAUGUGCCUUCUAGACAAUUAUUCUUAACUUAAAGAACUUAUUCUUUAAAUCUAUUGAAAAAAUGUGUGAUAUAAACCUUAUAUUACAACGUUUUUAAAGUGCAAAGUACACCAGAAUAGCCACCUCCAGGCAUGCAAAGGGCUUCCAACCAAAUGAUCUUUAGAUAUGAAGUUAAGGCCAUCAUUUUGCACCAUAGUGAUAACAAUACAAAAAAUAGCAUUGAAAGAAGUCAUCGCUCGGCCGGUGGAGUAAGCAGUGUUAUUAGCUUACCUACUGUAAAUUCUCAAUGUGAACUAUAUUUUUAUAACAAUGAUAAAUGCUCAAUAAUUAGGUGAAAAAUUUUGGAGUAAUAAUCUAACCAUUUAUUAAAUUUAAACAGCUCCAUUAAGCUUUGAAAGUAAAUUUAAUCUUUUAGAAAAUUAUUAUUUGCUCUUAACCACUUAAUAUGACUACAGAGUCAUUGUUCUUUAUGUAAGGUAACCAUAGAAAAUAAAAGCAUUCUUCCUGACAUUGCAUGUUUGAAUGACCUGUAUGUUUUGAUUAGUUUAAACGAUAUUGAAUAAAGAUUUUUUUUUCAUCAUAAUGGUCCUUUUAUUUAUUAUUAAACAAGUAGAAAUAUAGUCUUGUGAAAGAUAUUUGCCUCAAGUGUGUAGUUUUGUAGCAAAGUUUGAAUGAGUGACAAUAAUUGCUUUACACAGAACACUGAAUUAAAAAAAAAAUUUUAACAAAUACUGAUGGGGUUUAUUGAAAUAAAGAAGGUAUUUGCACUAUCAAAAUGUUACCAAUGGUUUUGCUGAGAAAAUUUCAUGGUAAAGAAUAAUCUUUUGAUGUUUAUUUACCAAUAUUUCAAAAAGAAAUGAUGUAAAAGAAAAUGGUGAAAUAAUUAAAUUAGUUAAUGUUUUUAAGAAACUACUAAAUUUUAUCAGUUUAAAGGUUUUCAGGCUCUUAAGAAUUAAAAAUGUGUUUAUCAUCUUAUAAAGUUAAAAGAUUCUAUUUCAAGUAAUAACAAAAAUUCAUGGAAAUUAAAAAUUACUUUUGAAAUCCAUUUUUCAAAAAUGAAAUAAACAUUAAUCUUCUAACUAUACCGGUAUUAAAGUGUCAAUAACAGUAUUAAAGUGUCAAUAACGUGUUGGUAAUAAUCUUAAAUCAGUCUUUAGUAAACUGCUUAAAUGAAAUUUGAUUCAUAGAAAAAACAAUGAUAUAAAACAUUUUCCCAUAUUCAAAAUAAUUGUAUGCGUAAUUUUUUUAUUUAUUAGCAGUUAAUUUUGGUAGAUUUUAAAAAUCCCGGCGUGUUACACAAACUUUUUUCCCCACAGGGUCCAAAUGAUAGACUGCUGGUGCCACACACAAUUGUUUAAUAUAUUUUAGACUUCAGUAGUGGUUUGUAAACUUUUUACAACUGCUUUCUUGAACCCAAAUAAUUAGUGGCAGUAAUUAUACACUGUCAUAUUGUCUUUGCAUAUUGGUGUGAAACCUAUUCAACCAGUGGAAAAUUUUGAGAUUUUACUAUGCAUGUGCACUCCAUGUAGUAUCACAUUCAAAACAAAAAAAAAAAGAAAUUUGUCCUUAUUUUUAUUUUUACGACUUGAUCUGGCAGUAGGAUUAAACUUAGGAUCCUGGGGCUUUUUUCAGGGUUGCAAAAAAAAUAAUCGAUGUCAUAAAUCUAAAUCUCUCAGUAAAUAAAUACAAAUCUAUAGUCAUAGUUCUGGCUUUUUCUUAAAACAUUGUAAUGAAUAGGAGUAUUUCAACAAAAAAAUUUAAGAAUCAGUGCCCUAAAUCGUUUACCUAAUUUUAACUUCUUACACCCACAUGGCAUAAAAUAAGUGAACCACUGCAGUAAUGAGAUUAGAGCCCCAGAUUUAGCUUCACACACACACAACAGCGUGACAUGAUGUUAGAAACUUUCAUAGGACCGAAUAAUUUUUUUUUACCUCUGUUACUGUUUGUGUAAAUAAUGUUCUGCAUCCAUGCACAACACCUUCCAUCUUGUUGUCUGCAGUGCUGGAUUCACCAUAUUCUAUGACUUUGUUCUUAACUUGGACCCACGUAUCCAAGCGGUGAGACUUAUUGUUGGCCUGCACAACACCCAGGCCAAGCUAGGGGAACCAACCAUCCUCCCCCUUGUCUACACUGAGCCCUCCACUAGGCAGAACGACUACAGCGCAGUUAAUGCUGUCAUUGGUGCCAGGCAGCCAGUUCCUAGGUAAACCUGGAAUCAUUGUGAAUUCUGAUUGAACUUGAACUGGAUUUACUGUAAUAAAUUUUAUAUCAAAAACUUUUCAUAGAAUUUCAUCUUAAUGAAAAAAGGUAAAUAGGUCAUUAAGAAAUUUUUUGUCUUGAGUUUAAAUUUUACAAAGACUAUCCAGUUCAUUAAAAUUACCUUAAACUUUGUAAUUGCGUCUGCUAGAAUUGCUGCAGUUUAACCACAUAAAACAGAAAUAAAAUUAUAAUUUAAAAAUUUUUUAAAGUGUGGCUUGAGAAGUUAACUCAAAUACUCGUGUAUUAAAAAAAGUUACAUGGACUUAACCUGUCUCUUUGGACUGUCAGAUGUCCACCACAGCCCGACCUUGGCAUCGUGGUGGAGCUGCAAGCUGCUGGCUCAGCCCCUGGUUCAGAGCAUGACCAGACCAGGCUCAUUACACGAGCUUGGACCAAGAUUCCCUUGUUUGACAGUCAGGAUCGGUUAAUGACCGGACGUCAUCGAUUGCCUCUGAGAGCCGUUCCUCUCAAGCCUUACAUUCCCAUGCAUGACCUGAACACAAUCCCCCAGGCAAGGACUUGUACUGUUUUAUUUACUAGCGUAAUGUACCUUGAUGAAAAUGACAUGAAAAAAGUUCAUGGAUAAACUGAAUAAAAUUAUUUUUGCUUUAGCCAGCAAAAGGAAACCCAGAGACUGGUUUGGUUUUUAGAUCAACUUUAAAUGCUGAAUUAUUACAAAUGGAAAAACUUCUCCAGUUUCAUUAAUUCGCCUCAGCAUGAAACAUUUAUCAAAUUUAACCCAAGAAUAAAAUGUGAUUAUCAUUAAUAAUUUUUAAAUGAUGUUACAUUAUUAUGUGUGGUGGCCUCGUUGGCAAGAUUAUCUUUUGUUAUUUAAAAAACCCACCUUUUUUUAAACCAGUAUGGAGAAGCUGAGCUGUAUUACCGUAUUGUCAACAUGCGUGAUGCUCAAAGUCAGUCUAUGGCAACAAUAGCAGCAACUAAUCAAGACAUGUACCAGGUGGCGCCGGUGGUAAGUGGCACUGACAUCCGUUCUGCAAGAUUGCUCAUAAUUUUAAAUCUUAAAUUAAUAUAGAGUUUUUAAAUUAAAAAAAUCAUAGCUUUUGCUUUCUAUUGCUUCUUACCAUUUUAGAAAUAAUUAUUUUUCUCUUACUCCCUUCUGAUUAAUUGUAAUCUAUUUUUUUUUCCUUUGCUUUUUUUUUUUUGGACAAUACAAAAAAUAGAUCUGCACUUGCUUUAUUACUAUUGCUAAACUUUAUUAUUAGAAAUAUCUUAACUUUAUCAUUAUUUCAAUCUCGCUUUUUAUUCUCAUUUCUUAGUUCUAGUUAUUAUAUUUCAGUCACAAUAUUAAGCUUGUAUUGUUUAAAAAUAAGAUAUCUAUGUAAAAAUAUAUUUAUCCACGUACACAGUGAUGUAGUUACUGUUUCCAAUCACUUCCAGUGAAAGGAGGAAAUUAAAUGAAUAUAUAAUAUAAUUAAGAAUAGCAAAAAUAAAUUUUCUCAAAAUAUUAUUUAAUGCGAUGAAAAAUAAUUUCACCGUUUUAUCUUUUCAUUAAAUUAUGACUUAAAAAAAAAGCCUUUUGUAAUUGCUCCUUUCAAUAUUACUGGAUCAAAAAAUGUCUCAUUUAGGGUUUAUAUUAAAUAUUAAAAUUAAAAGGCAAGAAAAAAAGCACAAGCAAUAACUUUUGCUUGCCUGUUGUCUCUUUACAGGGUGGAGUAGUCCUCACUCAGGUGGCUGUGUCUCCUAUUCCUCCCCCUCCCUCUGCAUCCCCUCCUACUUCUCCAAUGGAUUACUUUUCUCCUAGACUAAGGUAGGGAAAUAGGGGAUGUAGGGAUGGUGUUCAUUUUGAUUUUGAAUUUAGAAAAGGGGAAAUAAUAUUGAAUAUAGCUGUAAAGAGUCUUAUACUGACUUCUUUGCCUUUGCUGUGUAAUUUUUCUAUAUUUUAAGAUUUCUUUCAGUUUCUUAGGUCCAUUAAGAUGUUUUAUUUUACAAUUGAAAAUUUCAAAUUUUUUGUGACAUCAAAGCAGAGAACAUAACAAAGUUAUAAAACUACUCAACCCUCAAAAAUAAUGUUACAAAUAGUCAGAUGAAAAUGUCUUAAGGAAUCACUUCAUAUUUUAAAAUCUACAAAUCUACUCAUUUAAAUUAUAUAAAAUGAGGAUAGAUUACAAUUGCUUUUUAUUACCCUCAGUAAUCUGUGACGAUUAAAAUAAAUUAAAAUCACAUUUUAGUUUUCUUUUUAGAAAUUCAAUUUAACAAAUACUUACUUUUUACAUAAUCUAGAUACUUUGCACAUUUUUGUGUUUCUAUGUUAGUCUUAUUUUCUUUGCUUUACUUCUGCUAAUAUUAUUAGUUUCAUCAUAUUUUAUAUUUUUCCUUAUGCAAAUCAAAGAUGGGCUUUUUAAAAAAUAAAAUGACAAUUUUCAUAUUCCUGUAAUUGUAUUGUAGCAAGUAAUAUACUGCUUUUUCUAUAUUUACUUGUCCAAAUUAUUUUAUCUUAGUGUGAUGCCAUUUUGUAAAAUAUGCAUUUUUUAACAUUUUUAAAAUGCUUUUAUCAUUAACCUGAAUAUAAACUUGCAGGAAUUCGAAUCUGCCCCCGAUACAGAACUCGAAUAUGACUUCGGACCCGACUAUAGGCUUCCAAGUCGACCGGGUGAAACACGCAGAGCUUGGUGAAGGCAAAAUUCGACUUACAGCAUAUUAUCAUUCUAAUGGAAAGGUAAUGCCCACAGCAUAUUAUAAUUUUAAUAGAAAGGUAAUGCCCACAGCAUAUUAUCAUUGUAAUGGAAAGGUAACGCCCACAGCAUAUUAUCAUUUUAAUGGAAAGGUAACGCCCACAGCAUAUUAUCAUUUUAAUGGAAAGUUAACGCCCACAGCAUAUUAUCAUUGUAAUGGAAAGUUAACGCCCACAGCAUAUUAUCAUUUUAAUGGAAAGUUAACACCCACAGCAUAUUAUCAUUGUAAUGGAAAGUUAAUGCCCACACCAUAUUAUCAUUCUAAUGGAAAGGUAAUGCCCAUAAUAUGGUGUUGGUUUUUAAAAAAAUAAAAACUAUAUACAAAUUAAUAUGUUAAGUGUUUGCUUCCUUUGACAUUCUCUCAGUAACUAACUAGUUACAUUGCUCAUACAAAAUCCAUUGUAAAAUUCUAACUAAAAAUUUCAACAUUUAUCCUAUGUCUGUGACGGAUUUUAAAUACCUGAAUAUUUAAUCCCAUAAAAUAAAUGAGUGUUUAUUAGUCAACAAAACUUUGAAAAAAUUUAUGUUUACUUUCUUGUGCAGAUUGUCCAAUCAGCCACCAGCCCUGUCAUGUGUAGCACGACUGCCGUCCGCUCAAACUUCAAAUACAACUAUCAUGUCUUUGGCCAGCAAGAGGCAUCAUUCCAGGAUGUUAAAAUGUCUGGAGACAUGCUAGUUGUGGCCAGGUUUUACCUGAAGAAACAAAUCAGCGGGCCAAAUGAUGGCACAGAUCCUGCUAACUUGACAGGACCACAGUAUGGAGAAGAGACUCUCGUUGCCUGGGCAGCUAUACCACUUGUGCUGUCCAUGCAAGGAGGUUGGUCAUAUUUUUAAAUAAAUAAUUCCUUACUACAUAAAUAUAUUAAAGGUUCAGUCCUUGAAUGUGUUUUAUGUAUCUCUGAAUAUACCAAAUCUUUUCAAUCUGGGUCUAUUGACAAUUCUGUAAAAUGUAGUCUGGGGUUGACAAACAACUUACCGUAAUGUCAUUGGCUCUUAGGAGCCAGAGCCAGGGGAACCUUGGCGAGUAAUAAUUAAUUUUACAAAUCCUCCAAAAAUGUUUAAAUACUAACAGGUAUUUGAUUGGGCAGAUUUGACAGAAAGCAGUUGCAUUAUGUUCAUUACUGUAAUGUAUUAGAAUAAUGCUCAUUUCCUAAGUUUUUGGGGACUUUUGAUUGCACUUUGGGAAACAUAUAUAUAUAAAAAGUCUUAAAGUAAUCAACAAAUAUGUCCUAUUUGUUGAUUUUUUAUAAGCUUAGACUUAAGGCAAAUUGCCCUGCAAUUUUUCAAACAGAUGCAGUUUGAAAUAAGAAAAAGAAUUGAAAAAACGUAUCUAGUUAUUACAAAAACUUAGUCGCUCCAUUUCAAGUUUUUUUUGUUGGGAUGGAUUUUAAUGUUUUGAAAUUUUACUGGGCUGUGUUAAAUUGUUCAAAAAUAAACUUGCUUUACUUACAUUAAUCUUACAUUUUCCCCACACAGAUUUAACUUCCAGACAGAGAAGAGAAUUCAACCCCAGCAUUAUGAGGCUCAACACAGGAACCCACGUAUUGAAGCUAUAUGAGCCGCCGGUCCCAGAGCCCACCAACAUCCCAUACAACGACUUACAGUAUCACCGAGAUGCUCGGCGGUAUGGCAAAGCUUCAGUUAGAAUACAUAUUUUCCAAGGUCUCCCACGCCCUGGAUCCCUAACCCCAAGUGAACUAUCUGAUGAAGGAGACAAUGUUUUACCUGAGGUGUGUAUGGCAUUAAACAUAUUUCACUUCAUCUGUGUAUGUCAUUACAUAUGUAUUUUAUGUCAUUAAUCAAAUAUUUAGCUGCAGCUCACAUGAAACUGUUCAUAAACACGUGUUCAUCAUUCUUGAGAUAACCUAAGCAAAUUUAUAUGGUAAUCGAUACAUGCUAAUCUUGUUGAAAUUUUACCUGGCUAUCCAUGAUUUUAUCUCAAACACAGACCCAUGUCACACCUCAUUUACACACAUUUUCAAUUUUUUUCGUUUACCUUGUUGAAUAUAUGUUGGCAGCACUUUCACAUCUCUUAAAAUGUAAUUUUAUCAUAUAAAUCAGUUACCCAACCCUAAAACACAAAACACACACACACACACCCCAUUGUAUUACCAGUAACUUAUUUAUAUGAAAUACAUUUUAUCUUACCCCUGCCGAUAAAAAUAUGUCUUCUUUCAGUAUGCCUGGCUGCCAUGUGAUAGGAAAGUUCCCCCAAGUGAACCAUUCCAUGCAGGAGAUGGUCUGGACAUAUACAUUGAUGGUUGUCGAUUCCUACCAGAUUCAGUGACUUACUCAAGGGUAUAUUUUGUAGUGCAAUAAAAAAAUAAAUUUAAAUUUUACACUCAAGUCAAAACAAUUCUAUUAAAACAAUUUACAAGUAAAGUAGAACGUCAGUCAUACGAACUAAGGGGUCGUUUGAAAAGUACUUCACGCAAAAAAUUACCUUUUCAGACACACACACACACACAGCCUAAUCACAAAGUGUCACUAAUUCUUUGAACCCCCCUUCCUUUAGUGUCACCUCACACCUAAAAAAAAAUUCAAAACAUACAUAAAAGGUUCAUAAACUAAGAUUUUAUUUUAUUCUUUAAGAUUUUCCCAUAAUGGAUUAAGAUAAAUUAUUAGCUGUGACGUAACACGCAAAACAAUGAAGUCCUCCCCGAGCCGAAUGUAGAAUGGCCACAAUAGUGUUUGCGUCAUUUUUCUAUGAGUUUCACGGUACUUAUUAUACCCAGAGGCAAUUUUGACCUCAAAUUAAUGUUUUUAAAAUUAAUUGAAUAAAGAUUUUUCAAAAUUAGAAAAUUUUAGAUUUUUUAAACAAAAAUCACAAAUUCUCCACACACACACACAGACACACACACCCCCGAGCGUGACGUAAUUUGCGAAGAACCCCUAACUGGGACAAGAGGAUUUUAGGAUAACAUAUUAUUUCAUAUAACCGAACAUUUCAAUGGGAAGGUUGUUUUAAAGAACUUAGUUAUAGAAUAUAAUAUAUCCUUCCCUUAUACAUGCAUAAUGCUUUAUUGAACAGAGUAUAAUGUACAGCAAUCAUAAAAGGUAUAUCAGGGUCAGUGGUUGUUGUCUAAGCCAGUGAGAACUGGAACUUUUUUUAGAAUUAUUUGAAAGAGUUUUUUUCUAAAAAGAGAUUGAUUGAUAGGAUAUUUAUAUAGCGCUGGUAUCCAUGCUACUUUAGCAUGCUCACUGGGCUCUGGUUUACUUAAAUCUAUUUAAACAGAAAAGUUUUUAAAUGUUUCUUAAUUGAUCUUUUAUCAUUUUCAAAUACUAACGGCUAUUUGACCGAGAAGAUUAGUCGGAAAGCAAUUGCAUUAUGUUCAUUAAUUUAAUGAUUUAAUAAUAAUUCUCAUUUCCUAAGUUUUUGGGACUUUUGAUUGCCCUUUGGGAAACUGGAACAUAUUUUUAAAAAGUCUUAAAAUAAUCAACAAAUAGGACAGCUUUUUGGAGAGUUACUUUAGGACAGCUUUUUGGAGAGUUACUUUAGGACAGCUUUUUGGAGAGUUACUUUAGGACAGCUUUUUGGAGAGUUACUUUAGGACAGCUUUUGGAGAGUUACUUUAGGACAGCUUUUGGAGAGUUACUUUAGGACAGCUUUUGGAGAGUUACUUUAGGACAGCUUUUGGAGAGUUACUUUAGGACAGCUUUUGGAGAGUUACUUUAGGACAGCUUUUGGAGAGUUACUUUAGGACAGCUUUUGGAGAGUUACUUUAGGACAGCUUUUGGAGAGUUACUUUAGGACAGCUUUUGGAGAGUUACUUUAACUUAAAGAUGACUGCCACUUAAAAUAAUCAACAAAUAGGACAGCUUUUGGAGAGUUACUUUAACUUAAAAUAAAAUCUUAGGUUACUUUGCCAUAGCAGGCUCCGCUGCUGCAAAUUAUAUCAAAUAACAAGUUUGCAGAUUGCAUUAUCCCAGUCUUGCUAUUUCUUAAACAGUAUUUACUGGUAGCUAGGUUUUUUACCUGGAUUGUGCGACAGAAUAUAUGUUCCAGUGUUUGUAAGCAUAUGCUUCAUGCCAUGCACAUUGCCUAUGACAAUUUUUUUUAAAAUAGAGGGGUUACUCUGAUAACCUGCGUUUGGUAUGACUAGUGUUUGGAAAAUUGAUGCUCUUCUGUAAGUCCUCAAAUCUGUUAGCACAUUUUAAAAUUAUUUUUAAUAGGAUAUCAUCAGUGAUAUAAAAUUCCUAAACUGUGUUUCUGUUUCAGGUUGCAGCACGCAUCUUAGACCGCAAGUAUGAAGUUUACGGCAAAGACAUAUCAACCAGUGUCAAGAUUGACAGUGAAAUAUUCAAUCCAGUCUAUGAACAUAGAUCAGAAUUUAGAGAAACACAGAUUCCACCUUCGGCCACUUUACUUUUCAAAGUAAGAAAAUGGCUUAGAAUUGGAUAAACUGAUUAACAUUUUAUCAGCAGGUGCUGGAGCCGGUUUGGUCCGGUACAGACAAACCUGUUGAUAAAUUUUGACUAUUCUACCAAACCUAUUUUUAAAAUGUCAAAAUAACAAACAGAAUAUAUUAAAAAAUUUCAAAAUCCAUAGAAAAAGAAGAACUAGAAAAUUUUACAAAUAAGAACAUUUUAAAAUGAAUUUGUCAAUCUCUCUGUAAUUAUAAUGACCCUAUAAGAGUUCAGAAAUAGUAUGCAUAGUGCCUACUGGCAAAGGAAAUGGUAUGCAUAGUGCCUACUGGCAAAGGAAAUGGUAUGCAUAGUGCCUACUGGCAAAGGAAAUGGUAUGCAUAGUGCCUACUGGCAAAGGAAAUGGUAUGCAUAGUGCUUACUGGCAAAGGAAAUGGUAUGCAUAGUGCCUACUAGCAAAGGAAAUGGUAUGCUUAGUGCCUACUAGUAAAGGAAAUUGUGUGCAUAAGGCCUACUGCCAAGGGAAAUGGUAUGCAUAAUGCCUACUGGCAAAGACAAUGAAUUCAUUUGACUGUUUUUAAAUUGACGUUUUUUUCUAUAUCUGACAAAAUGCUUCAUUUUAUGCUUAUCCAUUAACUGUUCUAUGCUCCAAAAACAUCUGAGUCUGAGACACAAAUUUCUCAUUGUUUCUUAUUCCAAAGGCACAUAGUUUUUUGAUGAAUUUUCGAAUUACAAAACUAAAACUAAUUUUGAUGUUUUGUUACAUUAUGAUUUUAGGUUUACACCAUUGACAAUUUCUACAGACAGCUGACGGUUGUUGGCUAUGCUGCUUUAAAUGUUUUUGUUGAGUCGGGUACAGAAAGGCAGCCUAGCGUUGACAAAGCUGGACUACAGGUAAGGCUUGAGAUAAUUUUUCAAGAAUUUUCCUUACAUUGCACACGUUUUCAUUAUUGUUUGUAAGCAAGCCUAACUACAUGCUGUGAUAAUUAACCACAAUUUUUGCUAUAUCCUGCUAAAGAUAUCUUACAAUUUUUGUAUAAUCCAAUAAUUUCUUCUGUGAUGCAAAUGUUGGUUGAUUUAUCACUCAUUCAGAAAUGUUUAAUUAUAAAAUUAGGCUGCUAACUAAAAUUUAAAAAAUUAAAAAAGAACUGUACCUUUGUUAGUAAAUAAGUAUGUUUGGUGGGUGCUGUUUUAAAAGCAAUCAGUGAGGCCGACUGAGCACAUUAAAAAUUUGAUCAUCUCAAGUUUAAACAUGUAGACUGCUGAGUACGGUGCAAAAAAAAAAAAACAUUUUUGUAAAUUUUAAAAAAUUUCUUCAGAUCUCAUUAAAUGAAGGUGCACAUCAACUUCGUUUAUACAGUCAAGGGCCUAACGGUGUGGAUCCAUUCACUGAAAAGUGUAUGCGUGAUGCUAAUGUCCGCCCCAUUCCCUGUGCUAGUCUACUUGUAAGACUGGCUAAGGUACCCAAGGGGCCAAAAGGAAGACCUUUGGAGGUAAUUUAAACAAUAUUUAGAUUAGCAAUGAAGUACUGGUAUUUGUUUUUAUACAAAUUUCUAAUUUCAUGAACUAUUUGAAUUAUUUCAUUAAUUUUUAGCCAAUUUCUUGAAAUGAAUCUUAGAAAGGUGGAUUGUGUUUUAUGGGACAAUGUUUUUUUAAAUAAAAAUAUAACACAUAAAUUAAGAAAUUAAAUUUUUUUAAAUGUAAAGAAAAUUUUUUUAAUAUUUUUUAAAAAUCUUCACUGAAUGUUGAAAUAUAAUGAUUACUGCCAAUAAAUUUAGACUUUAACUACUGUAUGCCAUAAGUAAAAAGCCAUUUUUAUUGUACAAAAUGUUGUUGUAUAUAAAGUUAUGUCCAUAUUCCUCAUAGUCCAGCAAAGUUCCACAAGCAGAUUGGGCCAGACUUGGACUGUGGUAUCCUCGACCCAAGUACUCUGACCGUGUCUACCUGUCCGGCCAGUGCCUGCCGACAAGGGGAGAGAGCAAACUGUUCCAUGCUAUGCUGAAGAGAUCUCACACCACAAUACGUGAUGCUGUGGCCGCCACAACCAAAGCUAAAGAGAGUUUCUUGAGCUCAGACAAAAACAUGGAACAGUAUAUCAGAGUAAGCUUUCACUUGAGAAAACCAUUUGAAUAGAUGGAAUUAUAACCAUGCAUAUAAAAACCAUUGCAAACAAUCAUAAUCUAAAGGCAACAUUACUUUUUAAAUUCUAAAUACCGGUAGCUAAAAAUAUUACAAAAAUGUAUUUUUUUCAAUUUGCAGCACCAAAUUCUUUGGUUAAUGGUAAAUUUAAUUCAGAGAUAAUUAUUAGCCUUCAUUUUUUUAAAGAGAUGAUGACUAAUAUUAAUAUAAACAAUGGAAUAAUAGUCGAUUGAUUAACAUAAGAAUAUUGAAUUAAAUUUAGUAUUGUUUUGUGCCUCUAUAAGAGAUAAGACUUGGAUUAUAAAAUGAUUCUAACUUUGACUUUAAAGAACCAACUGACCAAGUCGAUGGAUGCCAAACCUUUAGAUCAAGACUUGAACUUUAUUUCCUCAUACAGUCCACAGCACGGCAUCAAGGUAAAAACUGCUCACCUUUAUUUUACUGACUCAAAAUUUCUUACUGGACAACAUUACUGCGAUUAAUUAAUACAUUUUCAAGUUUAAAUUUUUUUAAAGUUGUCUUGUCAAGCAUAAUUUGCUAGUUGUUGAUUAAAUAUAUAAAAUUUGAAAAUGUACUUUUAAAAAAUUUAACACAAUGUGUUUUUUAGUAAAAAUUUAUUAUUACUCAUUUGCUUGAAUAACUCAUUUUCUGAAUCUAACAAGUGAUACAUUUAAAAAUCUGUUUAACUCAAUGAGAUAAGAAACAUAGCCAGACAGCUGUUUGAAUUGAUUAGUUCAUAUUUCUGUAUCUUUCAGCUGGCCUUGGACAGUGGUGUUAAUCUUCCAUGGGCUAACUUUACCUUGGCUCACAUCUGCCUUAACCCACCAGGAGCAUUCUAUAUGGUAGGUUUUUUUUAAAUAGAAAUAUUAUGCGCAUAAUGUUUAAAAUCCUUGUUUAACUUUGUCAAAGGCAUCACAUAAAGGUAGGCAUCACAUAACAGUAGGCCUCACAUAACAAUAGGCAUCACGUAACAGUAGAUCCACACAACAGUAAGCCUAACAUAACAGUGGGCCUCACAGAACAGUAGGCUCACACAUUUGGUUGUAAAGUGAAAAUUCUUCUGAUCUUUGUUUUUCGUUAGGGAUUUGUGCCUAUUCUUAUUCUUUUCUUUCAUAUUUAGGUAGGAUAUAUAUAUAUAUAUAUUAUGUAAAUUUAAUUUAUACUUGUAUGAAUUUUUUUGUCGUACUGAUGAAAACAUUUGCCGAUACGUUUGCAUUUGUAUUCUGUGCAACCAUAAUUAAAGCUUGACCUGUUUUUUUUUGUUCACACAAAUUGUUUGUGUCUCAUUAGCUACUUGAAAUCUUUAACACCAUCUCAAAAUGUCUUUUACCGUAUAAACCUUAAAUUUCCGAACAUGUUGAUUGUUCAUCAGCUUAUGCAAAUGAUACCUCAUUUGGCUGUUAGAAGCUUUCAAACUUUGUCUGUUCCAAAUAAGAAAAGUGAAAACUUAAAACUGUUGGAUUGUUAAAAGUUAAUAAAAAAGACAACUAUGUUGGGAUGUUUCAUGGUAUUUUCUACAAUGUUUUUCCUUUCAGGGCACACCUCAUGCUACUUAUGACAAACUGACUUUUGUUGAAAAUCUUGACCCACGCAGCACACACACAUCACCAGCGUGGAAAGAUGGCUUCAAGGUAACAAAAUGAAUAAUUUCAUAACUUGUCUUAAGUUUAAGUAAUUUAUUCUGUCGGUAUGUUUGUGGUAACUUCAACUUGAUGCAAUUUUAUGGGUACCGGUACAUAUACAAUUUUCGUCAUUACAAAACUUAAUUUUUAAUUCAAUCUCUUCCUUUUUGUUCUACAGCAUUUCCCUCGUAGGUCAUAUCACAGGUUCCUCGUGGCAGUCAUCCACUUACAAGAAGUGUUUGUCAAUGUCACUAGGGACAACUACAAGUAUGGUUUGCUUGAACAGGUGAGAACCAUUCCAACUAAACUAAUCAUUGGCAGAUUUUCUGAUUUCCCUGUAAACUAUUUCACAUACCUAGGAUCCAAUAUUUCUAGUUCUCUCUCCAUUAAUGAAGAGAUAACUAUCAGGAUCUCAAAAACAGCAGCAACUAUGGCUACACUGAUAAGCAGGUUUGGAAUAAUCUCAAACUAACUGAUAAAACAAAAAUAAGUGUCUAUCAGGCAUGUGUGCUUAGUACGCUCCUAUUUGGUAGCAAAGUGUGGACCACAUAUACCAAUCGGUAGCGAAAACUCAACAGCUUCCAUCAAAGAUGUCUGCGUUGCAUUUUACACAUUCGAUGGCAGGACAAGGGGCAUAACUCAGAGGUCAUUGGAACGUGCACACAUGUUUAGCAUAUUCUCCUUUCUUAGCAAGAGGCGCCUUCGCUGGUUAGGCCAUGUAAGGAGAAUGGUGGAAGGCUGUAUCCCAAAGAUGCUGCUGUAUGGAGAGUUGGCAGAAGGGACAAGACUUAUUGGACGGCCACGCCUGAGAUUUAUGGAUGUUUGCAAAAGGAGCAUGAAGGAAGCCAAUAUUGAAAACAACGAAUGGGUGCUCAUUGCCAAACAACGUUCCAGCUGGCAAACAGCAGUGUAUGAAGGAGUAAAAAAAGGCAGAAGAUACGUGAAAACGAGGUCCUUGCAACAAAAAGAACAAUACGGAAGUCAAAAUCUUACCAGGAAUCAAUAUUCUCCUGCAAGAAAUGCAGUCGAGAUUGUCAUUCUAGGAUUGGCCUAGUGAGCCACUUGUCGAAGUGUAGGACUACAUAGCUACUCCAUCGUCUCGCGAAGACGGAAGGAUGCCAUAUAUAUUUAACCAGUGUAAAUCUUAUCAGUCGUUUUUUUUAAAAAUGGUUUUUGUAUACCCGGUAUUUUAGAGAUAUAAACUUGAGGAUAGGGAGCUCCAUGCUUCGAAAGCAACCUUGUCAACACAGCUUUCCCUCUUUUUAUUUCUUCACGCUCAUCAGUUUCUCUGUGGAUAUUUUCAUGAAGUUUCUUAUCUGUUUGCAGGCAUGGACUGCUAUUCAGGUUUUCAAAGACAAGUACUGCUUCACAGAGACCUUCCAGAUGCCAUUAUUCCAGGGUGCACCCAACCAACAGAUGCUCAAGCAGUUGGCCAGAGAACCUUGCAAAGAGUGGAUGGAGAGAAACAUUCGAAGUAAAAAUGUAAGUGCUGUCAUCAAGAUGAUUUUACAAGAUCACUCCGGCCAAACAGACCAAGUGAUAUUUCAGGUUGUUGACACUCCCAGCCUUUGUAGUAAUGGAACUUUGUUGAAGCAUUCAGUUCCAUGUUAUACAUUGCCAAUUACUUUUAAAAUACUAGAUUAAGGUAUGUGAAAGCUUGAAAUAAAAAGACAGGACAGUAAAAGAAGAACCUUUUGGUUAAGAGCCUUCCUCAGCAGAAAGGACUAAUGAAGAAAUAACACGAAAUAGAAAUAAAACUUAAGUGAUCGCCAUUAAUGUUAUUGUUUCAUUUAUUUUACUUAAUCAAUUUUAAAGUACUAAGUAGGAAAAAUGUUAAAAACAUUUAGACUUAGUUGUAAAUUCAAGCAAAAAAAUUAAAGUCAGACAAGUCAAUUAGACUUACAAUGGUUGUCUUCACUCUCAUCACAGGGGAGAAGCGUGUUCCAGUUAAUUAAAAAUUAUUUCUAUCAACAGUUGAAACUCCUAGAUGGCGCAUCUGUCUUUGUCCGACUCAGCGAUGCACGUAGAGAUGAUGAGCUCAUGUAUGAUGUCCCUUCAUCUAAACUUGUAAGUACUUCAUCUCUGAGUUCAUAAAAUAUCUUUUUAUGUUAUAAUAUUUUACAUCAUUUUAUUAAUAUUUCAACAAUUUAUCAAUGUGAUACUUAUGCUUGCAUUGUUAGGAACAACACUUUGGGACUAACUUGGGAAACUUUGUUACGAGUAACCCAAAAUAAGCCGUCUUUACCACCAAUGAGAGGAAGGAAAUCAUAGAUAAUUUAUAUUCAAAAUGUCACUGAUUCUAUUUAUACAGAGAAUGCCCUUUUAUUUAAAGUGUCAAGUGAAUGCGACAUCGUUUAAAUCAUUGAAUUUCAUGGAAUAAAAGGAUUUCUUGGGGGGGGGGGGGGGGAAUCUCUUCAAAUUUUGGUGAAAUGAUGUUUCAUUUUUUUAUACAAUAACAUCAAAUUAGGGAGAGUUAUUUGAAAAUGAAAAUUUGUAUAUUUGAUAGAGCUCAAUCAAGUCGGUUUUAUAACAGACCUAAGAUAAAUACAAGACCAGUUUGCCAUCAGAGCAGGGGGCCAUUAAGAGAUGGUAAUAAGGGGGAGAGACUGCAGUCAGGUUAGGUAAAAGGAAAUGAGCAAAACACAGUACGGGAAAACCUGAAAAAUAGGAUGUAAGGAAACAAUAAAUGUGUAGGCAAGAAGCCUUCAUCAACAUACAAACAACAACAGUAAAUAUAAAUAACACUUUAGCUGCAAUAUAGUAUCUGAGAGGACAGCAAGAGGAAUGCCAUAAAAAGAAGGUUCCACAGCGCAGGGUGACACCAAAGUAGGGUGCCACCAGAGUAGGGUGUCAACGGAGCAGGUGGUCCAUGGGGGGAAGUCUGGAGGGGGGACACCGUAGGUUUACCGGAUUUUGUUACACUAACCCUAGUGAUGCCACUGAGCAUAAGAUGAACAUAGGCAUAUACAAGUUGUCUGCCGUGGAACCACUUAUAUCCACAACAUGUUGGGUGGUUUUCUCUAUGGCGCUGACAGAUGCAGUAUUGCCAGAAGAAAAUCUUUUAUAAAAAGGAAUGCACUUUUAAUAUAAUGUUGUUUGGGUUAAUUUACCCCAAUUCGCUGACCUGUCUUGAUCAAAGACUAAAAAUGUAACUUUCAAUCAAUCAGCUGAUUUUUGUUUUCAUUAGGUGCAUGUGAAUGUGGAUUACAUACCAAGAGGCCUAGAGGAGACCUAUUCCCGUGAGAGGCCAGGCCGACCAUUGGAGACUCUCAUUCCACAUGGGAAGUCAACAGAGCAGUUCAUGGAUGGCCUCAAAGUCAAAUUUAAAAGUGUACGUUUAAAAACAGACAUGUGUCAAUACAUCUUAAGAUUUACUGAUACUUGACACGCGUUUGCUUUUUUUAAAAAUUAACUAACUGCAUUUUUUUUGCAUGUCGUAGUCAAGUCUUACGAUGUCCCCAUAAGAUUAACAGGUUUUUUUUGGUUGGAAUUUUUAAAUAGCUUAAAAGUUAGGGGUUUAUGAUCUGACUAGCAAGCUUGUGUUUCAUAACAAAUAAAAUGCCUGCUGAAAUGUAGCACAUAUAAAUUAAGAGACAUGUAUUUGCACGGCUGUCUUAUUUGUUCUAAGGCCUUCUAUGUCACAACACAAGAAUUCAUAUUCCACAGAUUUUUUCUCUUUAAAUUUACUGUGCAUAUCCAGUUAUGGCGCACUCUUCUGUAGACUUUUAAUACGGGUAGUUAAUUCAUUAUGUAAUGAAAUACAAGUCAUUUGUUCUGUGCAUCCUUAAUCAAUUUAAAUUAUUAUAGAAAUGUUCCUCAUUAUUUUUGUCUUUAUUUCAGCUGGUGUACAAACUUUACGAAGAAGGAAACAUGUCCAACAACUAAUCAAUCAUAUUUUCGAAGAAGUAAACCAAUUAGAUGUCAAUUUUAGUAGAUUUUCAUAGGCCAAAAGUUGAAAAUGGUAUUUUUGCAAGUUGUAAAUUAAUUUUUAAAUCUUCAAAGAAAUUUUGAAUUGAUAGAAAAGAACUUAUUAGUAAAAGCAUAAGCUGCUAAAACAACUCUAGCUUAGAAUUGUUUAUAAAAUAAAAUUUACAAAUCAAAAUGUAAUGCCAAAAACCAUAUAGAAAAUGGAGAAUUUUUUUUUGCAAUUUGAAAGCUCAGAAAAUCAGUUCUCACUCUUCACAUUCGGGAAACAACAAAGUAUUGGAAACAGCUCCUGAUCGAUUUUAAGACAAAGUCUGUUCAGGAUAUAACUUUGAUUUGUCUGUUUAAAAUUAUCAAUCAAGAUAACAAGUGCUCCUGUAUUUAUUCUCUGUUACGGUAAUCAGAGUCUAAAAGAAAUUGCAGGUAGUAACUUGUUGGAACAGUCAAAACUUGAUGGAAGACUUUCUCAUUCUGUUGACUUAUGUUACUUAUAGGUGGACAUCUAGUGAACACUGUGUUCUAACUCUGAACUUGUGUGCCUUUAGACACAAGGUUACAAGUAUUUUCUUUGCCAUAAACUUUAUUAAAACAAAUUCUGGAUUGGAUGAAACUGUUGUGUUUUUUAAAACAGUUCCCAAGAGACCAGUCAAUGCAUUAAAUUUGUGCGGUGCUGUGGUAAAAACAAUGGUGCAAUUUAUUCUGUGGAUUAUUACAAAGUUUUUGUAUUUUCUAUCGUAAAAAAAAAUGUGAUAAGAUGACACUAAGGACGAUCAAAAUUGACUACAACCAAAUUUUAAAAAUACUUUUUGUUUACGGGGAAAACAAAAAAGUUGAAUUUCGUAACUCUUACCGAGGUGGACAAGCAGAGAAUAUAUAAUAUUCUAACUGAAGCUUCAGUCAUAUUCUGUGUGCAGUCACUGAAUGAAAAACUUUCAGUUCCUGAAAAUAUUUUAUAUAAGAAAUUCCUGCAGUGACCUGGGAAACACUUAGCUUCAAGUGAACUGGGCAACACUUAGCUUCAAGUGAACUGGGCAACCUUAGACUGCUUCAAAAAGUCUAAAGAAAUUAGGUUUGAAAUGUCGAUAAUCUGGGGUUGAAUAUUUCAUACAUUUGUUUAUGGUUACCCUCUGCUUUUAUCAUAAUGAAUAAUGCAAUGCAAGUGCAACUGUCAGUUCCCUUUGUUAAUUUGUAGAAUGACUUAACAUUAAGGCAGAUUACAGUGGACUUGACCAUUAUUUACCUCAAAAUUCAUUUCUAUAGUCGUUUUAUUUUUCCUUCAUCCCAUAUUGUCAAAUCACCCACUACCCUUCACAAGUCUGUUUCUAAAUCAUUCAGCACUUUUUAAAUGCAGUAAACAUUUUGCAGGUGGACAACCUUUCCAUUUAUUUUAAUAUUUUGUUGUAUAACAUUCUGUUUCAUUUCAUUGAUUCUAUUUUAUUUAAUUUGACAGCAACAGUCUCUCAACUUGGUCAGUGUAGUAGAGGAAGUCAACCAAUAUUUCGUUUGUAAGACAAUCCAACUCAGCCUCAUGUCACUAAAAUAUUCAAUUUAAAAAUGUACUAUUAUGUUCUCAACAAUUAAAUUUCCCAUUGUGAAAUGACUACCGCUGCUGGGUAUUUAGAUAGGUAAUAAAGUCUUGUGGGCCUAAAAGAAAAUUGGGGGGGGGGAAACAUUGCUAAUUUAGGCUGUUGCUAAUACUGUGUAAAGUAAAUGAUGGGGGUAGUUAUUUAUUAAUUCAUUUGCUGUACAUACAUUAAAAUGCUAAGAAUAUCAUAUUCCAUUAUAUUUAAACACUAAUUUACAUACUAGGCCAUUAUCUAUUUAUUUCGUAGUGCAAGGUGGGAACUGAAUAGACAUGCUUUAUUUUUAUUUAAAAUAAGUAUUUACAGUUGUUUUUAAAUUCAUCCCAUUAAGCAAAUUUAAUAUUGCUACCACUACUAUAACAGUAAUUUAAAUGAUUUAGUCAUGUAAGAUUUUUUUCUAUAAAAUUUUGCUAGAAAUGAAAGACUAGAAUGGGGCCAUCCAUACAAAACAAAGGACAAUUUUUUUACACCCCCCCUCUCCCCCCUAUGCUUAAUACCUACAUACAAUGAGCU